CUGUUGGUUUGUGUUCCAGUUUACCCAGGAAUAUCAGAAGUUGGGGUGCUGAUAAACCUUCACGUUGGUUGAAUUCACGUGAGCCACCACCAACCUGGCUGCAGGUUUCCUGAGAAAUUUCACUGCUUCAGCUCCCACCACAGCCAGCCCGUCACCCGCAGUAGUUUUACACUCGGUACCAUUCAAAGUAUGUACAAAAACACAACUAAUUUAAAAGCCUCGUGACCGUUUUCCUGAGGUGUCUGGGGGGCGUGUUUAAUCCCUCUCUGGGAGAGUUGGGCUGCUUUGCGUCCUCAUGAUUCUUCAGCAGGAUGGAAUAUUCAUCUGUGCCGAGCAACAAUUGUCAUCUGACUUCUGCAGAAGCUCAUUAAUCAUUCGCUGCACAAUUCCUUCAGUCACAGUCAGGAGGUGGGUGCCACAGGAGGACAAAGUCCUGGAGCAGUGACCACAACAGUGAAUUUCACGGCAGGAGGACAUUGAAGGGACUAUGAAAAAAGCCUGGGUGACGGGGAGAAAACUGCGUCACACCCCACAGCAUUUAGGUUUUGAAACAAGGAGCUUCCAUUUGGCAAUGUACAUACUCAGAAUUAUCAUCUUCCUACUUCUAAGUGCCUUUGGACAUUGUGCCCAGGAGUGUUCUGUUUCCACGUCUGAACAGCCUUCGGUCAACUCCCUUCUCCAGGUGUUGCAGCGGAGUGCAGAGGAUGACUCUGUGGACCCCGACCCAGCCACCUUCCUCGCCCUGCGCCUCACCCAUCAACACAACCUGGAAGUUCUACGGCAUUUCCAAGAGGUCCUCAAAGCAGCUGCCGUUCGGAGAGUGACCCAGGAAGAGGAUCUACCCAUUGGUUCAACUGCUCUCUACACGCUAGCUUUCAGAUCUGCCUGCCUCAAUCCAGCCAGCAUAUCCGAUGGUCAGGAACAGAUCGAUCUGGUGAAACUUCUUGAAGAUGAGCUAAAUCUGGAGAUCCAAAGCCUGGGGUCUAAAGGACAGCCUCUUACAGACUUCUACCAGAUCUCUUUAGCAGUCCUAGCGCUCUGCACUGAAAAGCAACCUAUCCCUACUUUCGUUGUGAAGAACAUAUUUGACAGGGUUAUGAAUAACCGAGAUCCAUUUGGAGAACCUUUCUUUGUCGAUGCAGCCUCCAUGUCUGUCCUCGCUCUCACCUGCUUACAUCGCACCCAACUCAGUGCCAGUUUAAGACUUAACAUUGAAAGAGCCAUUGUGCGCUUGCUGAGUCUGCUCCUCACCAAACAGCAACAGGAUAGUACCAUUGGGUCUAUCUACAGUACUGGCCUUGCUGUUCAGGCUUUGGCUGAACAUAAUCAUCUGGGGUUUCUUGCCUUUCGAUGCGCAAACAAUUUGCAACUAUUGAUCAGCGAAAUCCCUAAAGGGACAUUUAACACAGUGCGGAGAGUUUUCCCAGUCAUUCUGGCUUUGAAGGGAGUAUCAUUGUUACAUGUCAGAAACAUCACUUGUACCUCUGAUCAGGAUAAUCUGACUCAAGAUGAAAAUGGAAAGUAAAAUGAAGACCAAGAGAGGAAGACGAAGAUGAUGCCUUUGUUCUUUACCUAGAAUAAAUACCAGCACCUUGCAGUCUUUAGAACAUAGUACAUAGAACAUAGAACAGCACAGGACAGGCCAUUGGGCCUAUGAUGUUGUACCAAACUAAUUAAAUCAAUGCACCUUAAUUAAUUUAAUCUCUCUUCCCUGCAGCUUCACCAAAUCCCUUCCUCCCUGUAUAUCCAUGUGUCUAAAAUACUCUUUAACACACUUAACUCUUAAACAUUAUGAUGAUAUCUGCCUCUACCAUCACCCCUGGCAGUGCACUCCAAGCACCCACUACUCUGUGUUUUUAAAAAAAAACUUGCCUCAUACACCUUAAAUAUAUGCCGUCUAGUAUUAGAUAUUUCAAUUCUAGGAAAAAGAUACCAGCUGCCUACUCUAUCUAUGCCUCACAUAAUUUUAUAAACUUCUAUCAAAUCUCCCGUCAGCCUCAGCCACUCUAGAGAAAACAGCCCCAGAUUGUCCAACCACUCCUCAUUGCAUAUGUCCUCCAAACCAGGCGGCAUACUGGUAAACCUCCUCUGCACCCUCUCUAAAGCGUCCACAUUCUUUCUGUAAUGAGGUGACCAGAAUUGAAUGCAAUACUCCAAAUGUGGC